UUUGCCAGCGAAAAGAUGUCAAUGAUUCCUACGAUCGCACGACUGGGACUUUUGUUGUGUAUCCUGGGCUAUGUGGCUGCACGACAGGACUUUAGGAGUAAAAACUGUCGUCCAAAUGAGGGCUAUUGCCAGUUACAUAUGGACUGCUGUUCGAGAAAGUGCAUGACCUAUAAUAAUAAGUGUGCUCCCAGAGCAGACAUUCCCUAUCCAGUUCCAGUUUCCAUUUCUCCAAACCAAAUCUACGAUGAUGUGAAAGAACCAGUUAAAAAUAUCAAUCAUCACGUGCGAAUUGUUGGACUUCCCAAUGAGUCACAACCAUCGGAUGAUAUUUUUGAAGUUCAAACAAAGUCUAGUUACGAUCCAAUGGAAGGAAAGGCCGCAGAAUGCCGAAAUGUCGGCGAACCGUGCUCCCGGGCUGAGGAAUGCUGCAAUUUGCGAUGUCACACGUAUUUGCACAGGUGUGUCACCUAAGUUAAUUCAUCACAAUGAGGAAAUGUGAAAAUCAGCAAAUUACCAAAACUUAAAAAAAGGCGCAACGCUUCCUUUUUAAUUUGCAAUGUUAAUUUAGUGUAAAAAGCAUUGUAGUAAUAAAAAACCUUUCAAAAA